AUGUCGAAUCUGACCGAAAUGAACGAGCAGUACGGCAACAGCGGCUACAACCAGAUCGACGGCUAUGGCGCCAACCCAUACGACCAGCGCAAUGACGGCGCUCAAGGCGGCCGCUUCAACAAUUACUCUCAGGGCGCAUACGAUGACCCUGGGCUAGAGAUGCAGAACUACGGCCAGCCUGCAGGCGGCGCAGACCCCAAUGCCAUUCUCAACGAGUGUCGCGAAGUCGACCGCGCCCUCGACGACCUCGACGGCCAGCUCGGCAACCUCGAGCGCGUCUUCAGGCAGGUGCUGGCCCGCCCAGACAUGCCCUCAGGCGAGAUCAACAACCUCAGCACACAGAUCAUGACGGGCUACCGCGGCCUUGUUUCGCGCGUCAAGAACAUCAAGAGCAAGCCCGAGUCUGGCAGCCCCAGGAACGCGCCACAGGUCGGAAAGAUUGACCGCCGGCUGAAAGCCACCAUCAACAAGUACCAGACCCUCGAGGCAGACUUCAGGAGGGACUCGCAGGCCGCCGCUGAGCGCCAGUACCGCAUUGUGCGCCCGGAUGCGACCGAGGAGGAGGUCAGAGAAGCUGUCGCAGACCCUGAGGCCCCCAUCUUCCAGCAAGCUCUUCUUAACUCGGACCGCCGCGGCCAAGCCUCCAGCACCCUCCGCAACGUCAAAGAGCGCCACGAAGCGAUCCAGAACAUCGAGCGCCAGAUGGUCGAACUCGCCCAGCUGUUCCAGGACCUCGACCAGAUUGUGCAGCAGCAAGAACCCCUCGUCGCCAACAUCGAGCAAAAGGGCGAGGAAAUCCACGACAACGUUGUCCAGGCAAACACCGAGAUCGGCGGCGCGAUCGAGAAGGCGCGCAGCAGGAACCGCAAGAAGUGGUGGUGCCUGCUCAUCGUCCUGCUCAUCAUCAUCGUUGUCGUCGUCAUUGCGGUCGUAGUCACACAGGUCAACAAGGCUGCUACCGGCAAAUAA